AUGCAGGUACACUCGAUGCUCACGUCGGUGCUGUUGCUGGCGUACGGCGGCCACGCAGCAAGCACUCCGGCGCAGUCUCUAUCGGUGAUGGCGGACGCAACCACCAACGACAUGUCCGCCGCCCCCACGACGACCAUCAUCUCCAGAGACUCCUUCAGCUCGCAGUCUGCGUUUGACGCCGUCUGGGACUACAACUACCCGUGGGGCACCGACCACAACGGCGCCGCGCGCAUGGACAAGGGCCAGAGCCGCCUCGACCCGGCCGCCGACGCAAACACGCUCACCAUGACGGCCAAGCGCGUCGCCGACGGCAGCCAGAAGCCCGCCAGCCACGGUGGCAAGUCCAUUCCGAUCCACUAUCUGUCGGGCACCGUCCACGCGCGGCAGCACAUUACCGUCGCCAAGGGGACGACCGUCGAGCUGGCCGGCGACUUCCGCGCGCCCGUCGCGCGGGGCACAUGGCCGGCCUUUUGGCUGACGGCCGUCGACGGGUGGCCGCCCGAGGUGGACCUGGCCGAGUGGAAGGGCAGCGGCAAGAUCUCGUUCAACACGUUCAACACGUCGAGCCAGGUGGCGGCCAAGGACGUGGCGUACCCCAGCCCCGGCGCCUUUCACGCGGUGCGGUGCGUGCUGUGGGACGCCAACGGCCGCGACGUGGGCGUGCGGUUCUACAUGGACGGCCAGCUGGUGACCACGCAAGUCGGUCGGGGCUUCACCGGCAAGGCGCUGUACCUGAUUCUGGACCUGCAGAUGGAGGGCUCGUCGGGGUCGCCCGGGCCGUCGUCAGACACCGAAUUCGUUGCACGCGGCGUGUCCGUCAUUUCGUACAAGACAGAAAAGUAA